AUGUCCUCCAUGAGGAAGCGGAUAGAUACGCUUGUGGUACACAGCUGGGAAUUUCGACCUGACUCUGCGGAGCACACACGAGCGUACACGAGCGUGCCCUACCCUGGGGCUAUCCACACUCAGACCGACCCCUCACCCCAGAUACUGCUGGCCAGGGCACUUUAUGACAACCUCCCUGACUGCUGCGACGAGCUGGCUUUCUCCAGAGGCGACAUCCUGACGGUCCUGGAGCAGAAUGUGCCGGAGAGCGAGGGCUGGUGGAAGUGUCUGCUCCACGGGAGGCAAGGCCUGGCCCCCGCCAACCGGCUCCUCGUCCUCCCGGAGGGCCCCCCCGACAGGCCCUGCGCCCCGUUCCCGACAGCCCUGGAGGAGGAUGACCUCCCAGGUUCCGAGGGGACCUACGAGGUGCCCACCCCGCGCCGGCCGCCCCUGCCGGGCCCCGUGUAUGAGCCCAUGAAGAGCUGGGUGCCGGCCACCGCCCAAGCCUACGAGCUCCCCGAGCCGCCUUCCGGGGCCAGGGUCGUCUGUGAGAAGACGCUGAGCUUCCCCAAGCAGGCCCUCUUUGUGCUUCCUAGACCCACCAGGGCCUCGCUGUCAACUCUGUCUUCCCAGGUGUACGACGUGCCUCCCCAGAGCCGGGUCCACUCAACCCUGAAGGAGCCAGAGAAGCAGCCAUUGUACGACAUACCAACCAGUCCCCAGAAGGCAGCCCUCCACGCCCCCGUCAGCCAUGCAAAUGGGCAGAGCGUCGCCCUGACAGCGGCCCCCGCCCGGGGAAGGACCGGCUGCAGCACGCUCCCGAACCCUCAGAAACCACAGACCUGCGACAAGGCAGCGCUCAGGCAGAAGAACGCCAGCCUUCCAGACGUUUCUCCCUACCCCUCGGCAGCACCCAGAGACUCGCACCCCUCCGCGGCGGGGGUCCACUACAAGGUGCCGUCCAGCUUCCUGGCGCCCCGAGUGGAGCAGCAGAACACCACGCCCAACAUUUACGACAUCCCUAAGGUCGCGGCAAGCGCGCUCCAGGCCGGACGUGAGCCCCCAGGCCACAAGGCAUCCCGGCUCUCCGGGAAGACAACUUCCCCGUCCCCCGAGCCCCACCGGCUCUCCGUCUCCAGCUCGGACAGCAGCCGAGCGAGCACCAUGUCCUCCUGCUCCUCCGCGUCCACCGACUCCUCCGCCAGCUCCUCUUCAGAGCCCCCCAAGGAGCUGCCCCUGGACCUGGAUUCCGACACGGCCAAGGAGACAGCGAUCACCCUGCAGCGGGAGGUGAUCGGCGCUGCCACAGGCCUGCUGCUCUUCGUCAAUAGGAAAUGGAGGUCCAGAGACUCUCUGGAGGCCAACGUCCAUGCCAUCCACCGGGCCGCUGACGGCGUCGAGGAGUCUCUAAGGCGCUUUCUGGAUUUUGCUCAAGGCGUGGGGGCAGCCGCCUGCAGCCUGACAGACAGUCAUCUUCAGGCCAGAAUCCAAGCUCAGCUGCAGACCAUCUCCAACUCCUAUCAGAUCCUGCUGGACGCCAAGGGAAGCCUGGACAGCUGCAAGUGGUCUCCCGACACGCUCGGGAUGGACAAAGUCCAGAACAGCCCCGAUGACCUUGAGAGGUUCGUCAUGGUGGCCCGAAUGGUUCCAGAAGAUGUCAAGAGGUUUGCCUCCAUUGUCAUUGCCAAUGCCAGGCUCCUUUUCACUCAGAACUGGGAAAAAGCGGAGCCCGUGCGAUUAGUCCCCAGGGCGGUGCCCACGCACGGAACGUGCACCCGGCUUCCUCACGGGGAAAUCGAAUUGGGCCAGCAGAAGCCUUUCCACAGACAAAAGGAAAACCAAGUCUCAGCGGGAAUGGGGAAGAGAAGUGGGACGGCCGCCUGUGGACAGGGCCCUAGCCCUCUUGUGCCUCAACCUUGGAGUCAGCAGAGCCCGGAGAGGAAAAUCCGCCUUUCCGAACACUGCCGGCUGUAUUUCGGGGCUCUCUUCAAAGCCAUCAGUGUAUUUACCAGCAGCCUCAACAGCAGCCCGGCCCCCGAGGUCUUCGUGGCGCAGAGCAAGCUGGUGAUCGUGGUGGGGCAGAAGCUGGUGGACGCGCUGUGCGCGGAGACCCGGGAGAAGGACGUGCGCAACGAGGUCCUCUGCAGAAGCAGCCGCCUCUGCGGGCUGCUCAGGGACCUGGCGCUGGCCACCAAGCGCGCCGUGCUCCAGCACCCCAGCCCAGCGGCCCUGGAGCACCUGCGGGCAGGGGUGCGGAAGCUGGAGGACCACGCGCAGCACUUCCGGGGGACGCUGGAAUGA